CGCGCCGGGGUGACGCGGGCGGGCGGCGCCGGCGGGAACGCGCCCGUCGCAAGAUGGCGGCGGCCAUGCUAGGCCGCGGGGCCGUGUGUGCGCAGCGGACGGCGGCGGUGGCGCUGCCCCGGCGGCAGGCGCGGCGGCGGCGCUAGCCCGGCCCUCGGCCCCAUUUCGCGGUCGUCACCACCGCCUCUCCCUGCCUUGCACGGUAUGGACCUGCCCGUGGGCCCCGGCGCGGCGGGGCCCAGCAACGUCCCGGCCUUCCUGACCAAGCUGUGGACCCUCGUGAGCGACCCAGACACCGACGCGCUUAUCUGCUGGAGCCCGAGCGGGAACAGCUUCCACGUGUUUGACCAGGGCCAGUUUGCCAAGGAGGUGCUGCCCAAGUACUUCAAGCACAACAAUAUGGCCAGCUUCGUGCGGCAGCUCAACAUGUACGGCUUCCGGAAGGUGGUCCACAUUGAGCAGGGUGGCCUGGUCAAGCCAGAGAGGGACGACACUGAGUUCCAGCACCCGUGCUUCCUGCGUGGCCAGGAGCAGCUCCUUGAGAACAUCAAGAGGAAAGUGACCAGCGUAUCCACGUUGAAGAAUGAGGACAUAAAGAUCCGCCAAGACAGUGUCACCAAGUUGCUGACUGACGUCCAGCUCAUGAAGGGGAAGCAGGAGAGCAUGGACUCCAAACUUCUGGCCAUGAAGCACGAGAACGAGGCCCUGUGGCGGGAAGUGGCCAGCCUGCGGCAGAAGCACGCCCAGCAGCAGAAAGUCGUCAACAAGCUCAUCCAGUUCCUCAUCUCACUGGUGCAGUCCAACCGGAUCCUGGGGGUGAAGAGAAAGAUCCCCCUGAUGCUGAACGACAGCAGUGCGGCACAUUCCAUGCCCAAGUACGGCCGCCAAUACUCCCUGGAGCACAUCCAUGGCUCGGGCCCCUACUCGGCUCCCUCCCCGGCCUACAGCAGCUCCAGCCUCUACUCCCCAGACACCGUCGCCAACUCCGGACCCAUCAUUUCCGACAUCACCGAGCUGGCCCCCGGCAGUCCUUUGGCCUCCCCAGGCGGAAGCGUAGAUGAGAGGCCAGUGUCCAGCAGCCCCCUGGUACGCGUCAAAGAGGAGCCCCCGAGUCCUCCUCGGAGCCCCCGGGUGGAGGAGGCCAGUCCUGGACACCCGUCCUCUGUUGUGGAGAUACCCCUGUCCCCGACCGCCCUCAUUGACUCCAUCCUGCGGGAAAGCGAGCCUGCCCCUGCCACCCCGGCCACACCCCUCACGGAUGCGGGGGGCCGUUGCCCCUCACCCUCGCCCCCACCUGCCUCGGCCCCUGAGAAGUGCCUCAGCGUAGCCUGCCUGGACAAUUUGGCUCGCGCUCCACAGAUGUCUGGGGUCGCCCGCCUCUUCCCCUGCCCCUCCUCUCUUCAUGGCCGAGUCCAGCCAGGGACCGAGCUCAGUGACCACUUGGACGCCAUGGACUCCAAUCUGGACAACCUGCAGACCAUGCUGACAAGCCACGGCUUCAGUGUGGACACUAGCGCCCUGCUGGACCUGUUCAGCCCCUCAGUGACAGUGCCCGACAUGAGCCUGCCCGACCUUGACAGCAGCCUGGCCAGCAUCCAGGAGCUCCUCUCUCCCCAGGAGCCCCCCAGGCCCCUUGAGGCAGAGAACAGCAGCCCUGACUCAGGGAAGCAGCUGGUGCACUACACGGCGCAACCCCUGUUCUUGGUGGACCCGGGCUCCGUGGAUAUGGGAAGCAGCGACCUGCCCGUGCUCUUCGAGCUGGGGGAGGGUUCCUACUUCUCGGAGGGGGACGACUACGCAGAUGACCCCACCAUCUCCCUGCUGACGGGCUCUGAACCCCCCAAAGCCAAGGACCCCACUGUCUCCUAGAGGCCCCAGGGCGAAGGCUGGGCGUGGAGCCUGCUCAGCAGCGAGGGCCCCAGCCCUGUGUGCCGUGGCAGCUCGAGGCCUUACAGCCACGCUUGGACUGCCCCUCGCUGUGGCCGUUCCCAGGCAGGAUUGUAUUUUGGAUUUUUACAUGAGAGUUCCCCUUGCCCCUUCAGUAGAGAGAAACACAUACAUGGACAGACAGACGGACGAGACUGGCAGAGACCUAUAAACGACAGGCUCUACA